AUGAUCAACUUCUGUAGUGUACUUGAUGAAGACAUUGACUUGGGCCAGCUUGAUCCGACAAACAAUAAUACUAAGGAAAAGGAAGACAUUGAAGAUGAACGUUUAGAAGUCUUAGACAAUGAUGUAUUUGAGUCAUUUGCUAGUGAAAAAGAGCCUAGGAAGAAAUUGUUAAGGUCCAUUCUAAAACCAGUUGCUUGUUCAUCUGGUGAGGUUCACACUAAAGCUUUUAAGAUUGGUCAGACGUUCAAGGAAAAGGAAAAAAUAAGAGAAGUUAUUGCCAACUACUCUGUAAAAGAAAGGAGGGAUCUACAUUAUGUAAAGAAUGACAAGACAAGAGUUAGGGUAAAGUGUAGGGGUAUUGUUCCUGAAUUGACUGGUGACAGUAAUAAAGAUAGGGGCAAUUUAGUACUUUCCAAGAAAACAACUUGUCCAUGGGUUCUUUUUAUAUCUAGGGCAGAUGAGAAACAACUUUGGACUGUCAAAACAUACGAAGAUUCUCAUUCUUGUUUGCAAACAAGGACAGUGAGGGCUUGUUCAUCUAAGUUUCUAGCUAACAACAUAUUGCAUCAAGUUGAAAGUAACCCCAAGAUCCCUACACGUGCUUUACAAGAGGAGUUAGUACAGAGGUAUUCACUUUCAAUAUCAAAGAUGAAAGUAUUUCGGGCCAAAGCUAUGGCAAAACAAUAUGUUUAUGGUGAUUAUGAAAAGCAGUACGGUGUUUUGAGAGAAUAUGCCAUGGAAUUGAAGUCAAAGAAUCCAGGAACAACUGUGAAGAUAGAUGUCGAAACUGAACCCAAUGUGUCUUCUGAGACAAGGAUCUUCAAACGGAUAUAUAUAUGCUUAGGUCCAUUGAAGGAGGGAUUUAAAAAAGGUUUGAGGGAUUUUCUUGGAUUUGAUGGUACGUUUUUGAAGGGUCCCUUUCCAGGACAAAUUCUUACUGCAGUUGGGCUUGAUUCGAACAAUGGCAUUUACCCAGUUGCAUAUGCCAUUGUAGAGACUGAAAAUAUUAACUCUUGGACAUGGUUUUUGGAACACUUGGGUGAUGACUUAGAUUUGAAUUCUUCAUCUAACUUCACUUUCAUUUCAGAUCGGCAAAAGGGAAUCUUGGCUGCAAUAGAGAAGUUAUUUCCAUCAGCUGAGCAAAGGUUCUGUUUAAGACAUGUGUAUCACAACAUGAAAUUGAAACACAAAGGAGAUGAAUUGAGGGAAGCAGUAUGGUGUUGUGGAAAAGUAUACAACAUACCAAAAUUUAAUAGGGCUAUGGAGAAACUGAAAAAGCUUAACCCAGAAGCACAUGAGUGUUUAAGUAAAAUUCCUGCAAAACACUGGGCAAGAUCCCAUUUCUCUGGAAGGGCAUUGACUGAUAGUUUAACAAAUAACUUGUGUGAGGUAUUUAACUCCAAGCUAGAUGAGGCAAGGGACAAGCCUAUAAUCACUUGUUUGGAAUAUAUUAGAGAAUACCUCACAAAGAGAAUAGUAAAUGUUCAUAAGUAUGUUGUGAAUUUGAAAGAGAGGAGUUGCACUUGCAGGAAAUGGGACAUUACAGGUAUUCCAUGCCAGCAUGCUAUUGCUGCAAUGUAUGAUAAGAUGCAGAAUGGGUCAGAAUGUGGAGAUCCUGAGGCUUGGGUGAGCAAAUGUUACUGGCUCAGUACAUGGAAUGCUAUGUACCAACACACAAUUGACCCAAUAAAUGGAAGGAGCAUGUGGCCUAGAUCUGAUUGUCCAACAACCCUUCUCCCACCCAAACAUCACAAACAGGUUGGUAGGCCAAAGAAAAAAAGGAAGAGGGCAGUUGAUGAGCCAACUCAAAGUACCAAGUUAAGUAGGAAACACUUGACAGUCACUUGUAGCAAAUGCCACAACAAAGGUCACAAUGCUAGGACUUGCAAGGGGCAGGGAGGUCCUAGUGAAGCUGGAUAGGGGGGUGGACAAAAGAAGGGAAAACAUGUUGUAGCUUAGUUUGUAUUUCUAAGUAAUCUUUUGCUAUUAUGUCUAAUUAAAGUUAGAACAUGUUUACUAAGUUUGGUUAUGGUAUGUCAGUCAAAACAACUACUUUUGAUAGGUCUUUUGGG